CGGGGGGUGCGGCUCGGUUUGGCGCGGCCCGGCUCGGCUCAGCUGGGUUCGGCUCAGCUGGGUUCGGCUCAGCUCGACUCCACUCGUUUCAUCUCGGCUCACCUGGGCUCUGCUCGGCUCCACUCGGCUCAUCUCGGCUUGGCCCGUCCCGGCUCGGCUCGGCUCGGCUCCACUCGGUUCAUCUCGGCUCGGCUCAGCUCCUCUCGGCUCGCCCCGGCCCGGCCAUGGUGGAGCGCUCGGACGAGGCGCCGCUGCUGUUCUGGGCCGAGGGCCCCGCGGUGUCGGCGCCACCGCCCGCGGCCGAGCCGGGCAGCAGCGGCAGCAGCAGCAGCGGCGGGCGGCGGCUCGUCGGGGGCUGGAGCGCGGCUCCGUGGGACGGCGAGGGGCCGGCGGGGGCGGCGGGGCCGCCGCGGGCGGAGGCGGAGGAGGACCAGAUCGUGGCCGUCUUCGUGGUCACCUUCGACCCCCGCACGGGUAACAUGGUGGAGUGGUGUUUACCCCAAGAUAUAGAUUUGGAAGGUGUGGAAUUCAAAUCCAUGGCAAGCGGGUCCCACAAAAUCCAGUCAGAUUUCAUUUAUUUCCGGAAAGGGCUCUGUUUUGGCCUGGCCUGCUUUGCCAACAUGCCUGUGGAGAGUGAGUUAGAGCGUGGUGCCCGCAUGAAGUCCGUGGGGAUUCUCUCCCCUUCCUACACCCUGCUGUAUAGGUACAUGCACUUCCUGGAGAACCAGGUCAGACACCAGCUGGAGAUGCCAGGGCACUACUCCCAUCUAGAGGCGUUCUACGAUGACAAGAAAGGAGUUCUCCCUGACAGCAAGGGCACCCCCGGCUCUCAGCAACCUGUCCACUGGCUGCCUUCCAUCCACAGAUACAUGUACCCAGAGAUGAAGAUCACACACCCUGCUGGCUGUAUGUCUCAGUUCAUCAAAUUCUUCGGUGAGCAGAUCCUUGUCCUCUGGAAGUUUGCCCUGCUGCGCAAGCGCAUAUUGAUAUUUUCACCACCCCCAGUUGGAGUUGUCUGCUAUAGAGUGUAUUGCUGCUGUUGCCUUGCAAAUGUUUCUCUGCCUGGUCUUGGAGGAACUGUCCCAGAGUCCAAACCAUUCUUCUAUGUGAAUGUGGCAGACAUAGAAAUGCUGGAGACAGAAGUAUCGUACGUGGCCUGUACAACAGAAAAGAUCUUUGAGCAGAAAAGGGAUCUCUAUGAUGUCUAUGUGGACAACCAGAAUGUGAAGACGCAUCAUGAGCAUCUGCAGCCCCUCCUGAAAAUUAACAAUGCUGACAAGGAGAAGUACCGACGGCUCAACGACCAGAGGCAGAUGUUAAUGUAUUCUCAAGAAGUGGGUGAGGAUUGCAGCUCCUGUGAAGAGGACCUUUUCAUCUUGUUUUUCAUGGAGCAGAACAACCGCAUAUUUCAGACGCUGAUGGAGGUGUCAGCCAGCCAGGACAAGACACUGACAGCUGACCACGCACGAGGCAUGGGCCUGGAUCCCCAAGGGGAUCGAAGUUUCCUUAUGGACUUGCUGGAAGUGUAUGGCAUUGAUGUUAUGCUAGUCAUUGACAACCCCUGCUGCACUUAAACCAAGGGCAAGAGAGAUGGGGAGCAAAGAUCACUUUUUUAAGACUACCAGACACUGCUUAGGAGGAUCACUGGAACUCACCACAGCCACAGUUAUUUAAUAACUUUAUAUGGAGAGUAUUUAUAAUUUUAAAACAAAAUGUGAUUUUAUUUUCUCCCCCUCAACUUCCCAGUGAAUACUUGUUCUAGGGCUUUUGUUUGUUUGUUUGUUUUGUCUCCCUUUCAUUUGUGUUUUUUGGUUUUGUUUAGCUAGGACCAGUGGCACCUUUGCACCAAUCCUCACUGUUGGCAGUGAUAGCUAGGUUUUGCCCUAGCCUGGAUACCUGAGGACUGAACACUUCAGGAAAGCACUUUGUCUGAUGACAACCAAUGUGAAAUGCUAUAGCUGAGCUUUCAGACUUGACUGGAAAACCCUUCUAUCAACUCCCCCUUCCACCUGGGGACUGAAGAGGGCACAGGCUGUUAAUGGCCCAGUCUCAUGGUCCCCUACCAAGUUUAUUGGUGGGGACAGUUAAACCAAUGAUAAAAACCAGGACUCCUUUAAUCAUUCCUCACCCAACUUCUAGCAGCUGAACUGGAAUAAAGCCACCCUUCCUCCUCAAUGGCAGAAGCAAGUUUGGGAUUGGGGGUGCUUCAGGAUCUCAUGACUUUGCCUACCGGAACAGCAUCGUUUCACUUCCAGCACCCGAGGUGGUAAAAACUGGCAAAGACUGCACCUGCCUGUCUCACAGCUGGAGAAGAACACCAUCUCUACUUAAUCCACCCUACCACUUCCUUUGGGUUUUAGUUGCAUCACUCCUGCUGCUUUGGUUUAAAAUCUUCAAACCAGCAAGACAGUCUCCCAUUUAACAGGGACCAACAUCACUGAGCCACUUUGCAGUUACUAUGUUCUCUGGCCUCAGCUCAGAUGGUGCUGGCUGGACCGGGUAGAAUAAGUAUGCUUUAACUAAUGUCACCAGCCCUUCCUUUGUAGCUGAUGGUACUUGCCACUCCUUUGCUCUAACAUUGUCUGCUGAUCCUCCUUUUGUUGAGCCUUCAGCACUGCCUGCUGCUGUCCUUGGCUUUUGGUGUGAGGCAGAGAGCAGUCUGUGACCUUUCAGCUGGAACAGCUUCGAAGUUUGCAGGAGGUUCCCUUGGAUUCUGGUGUUCUUAACUGGCACAGCCACUAGAAGCAAUGUCUAACAGCAAGUCUUUCUUUUUCCUGGGCAGAACUGUAGAACUAGAUGAACAGUGUUUUCUUAUUUUUAUGCUGUGGAAAGAAUAAGAUUCAGUUCAUGAAGGACUAGUCAUUACCUCCAGGAAGGCUGUCCCAGUAAAGAGUAAUCCCAUCACCAUGCAAAAUCCAAGAAUGGUACUGUGGGUUCCAGGUGUGACAAUAUUGCUUUGUCCCAAAUCCUUCAGCCAGUAGUAGCAUCACCUUUAAGCUAACUGUUCUUCCUGAACUGUGGCUGAUUAGUUGCUGCUUCCACCAUUAUGGAGUUCAGCACCGUUGGAGGCUUUCUGCAGUUUGUAGAAAUGCAAACUGUAGCUGAUGUAUCUAUUUGUCCUUGCAAUUUAUAGGAUGAGGCAGAGCCUGAACCAUCAAAGUCUCACCCACUUUAAAGCAAGUGAGCACCUUUUAAAACAGGUAGAGCAAAUGUUCCCCAAGUAGACCGCUGUGGAUUGUUCCCCUCUGGAAAGGAGGAGGCUGGUGUGUCCUGUUUUUCCUUGAAGGCUGUCUGCAGCAAGGGGGUAGUUUUGUUUGCUGUGGAGUUUUAGUGAGGUGUGGGAUCAGGGGCCUCACAAGGCUUAUUGCACAGUUCAUUGGUAUGAGCUUCAGCAUAUUAUGUUCCUGUGAUCUGCCUGUCUCUGGGCAGCCACUCCCCUGCCUGCUUUUUCAAGGCUUUGGAUGUUUUUGUACAGAAGAAAACAUGCUGUUGCUUGUCAAUUGCUCACAACUGUAACAUCGUCAUCCUUAGAAGGUUGCAGAGAAAAAAUGGGGAGAGAGGUAAAAACAGCUGAGUAUCACUUAAUGGAAAGACCAGUCUCUUUUCCUUAAGAAAUGGCUUUGUUUUUAAAUUGACACCUCAAGUAUAAAAGUGACCCACAAUCUCCAAGCUUUUGUUCUCUAACUUCCACUUUAGGUUUAACCUGCUGCCUGCAGUAACAAUCUCUGAGGAAAUAUAGCUGCCAGUGCAUUGCUGCCACUUCCUUCAGAUACCAAAAAAAAAGGAACUGAAACUAGUGUCUAGCAAUUUUUCCUCUCGCUUUCUUGAAGGUUUGCUACAUAGUUUAGCUGUGGUCAACUGUUAAUGACUUUCUAUUCUCUUUGUCAGUAGUUCUUUUGCUAAACUAAAUAGACACAAACCUUAAACUUGUUGAAAUUUUACAGCCACUGCAGUCAGAGGCUUUCUAACAACCCUGCAUUAGGGCACCAUGUUCACAAGCUGUUAGAACAUGAGGUGAAGUAGACAGCACUGCUAGACCCCACGGAGCAGAACCUCCAGAAAUUACCAUCUGACAUUUAUUAAACCUCUGUUUGCCAGAAAUUGGGUCUUCAGUUGUUAGCAAUAUUAUGGGUGCAGAAGCAUCAAAGCAGGCAGAUUAUUGUAGAAGUAGCACACAUGCUACAUCCAGCUGGAUGGCUAUAGCCUAUUCUGCUCUUCCUUGUAAUUUUGCUUCUCUACCAAGCCUCUCUUGCCAGGUGACUGCUACAGAAGUCAGGAAGUUGCCUGACAGAACAAAAAGACUUUUCUCUCCUAACACUUCCUUAUUUGAUUUGCUGCAAAAGUACUUUCCACCUGCACUCCUUUUCUAAAAGACACUGCUUUUACUGUUAUUGCACGUGGAAAAUGCUUGAUAAGUGGGUACAUUAUACAAACAAAUGGUUAUAGCUUAGGACAUGAAGGCCUGUUCAUGAGGCUGGUUUUGUGUGGAACCAGUUUAAGUGGUUCUAGGAGAUAGCAUAAUUCAAGGUAAAACAGUUAAGUGCACACAUUUAAAAUACAGCUAAAUAGUUGCUCUGCUGAACACCAGCAGCUGGAAGGGAGAGAGUUAUGUGGUGUAUUUUGAAUUAAAAGAGGGAGGAAAGUGUGGCAAAACUUGCUGAUUAGUAUAAAAUCAUCCAUUCAAAGUACUUUGCCUUUACAGUGGUGCCUUUUGUUUCUUUGGUGUAACACCUCUGGUUAGUUGCUGUGAUCAGAGCCCAGGCUGAAUGGUGGUUACAGUGACCAGGUGUAUCCUGUGCCCUGGCGGACAGUCCAGUGUGUUCUUUUCCAAAACUCGAGUCACGGUAUAGCCAUUGCAGGUUCUCAGCUGGUACUUCCUUGAGUUUAACCAGGAGAAUAAGAGCUUCAUAACUGUAUUUUAACUCAAGUUGCACUAGAAAUGUAUCACUGAGCAAUGAAUUAUUACUACUUGUCCUAUCUAGAUGGAAGUGUAAAGCUUGGGAGAGAAGUAAAAACUAGGUUUGCAAUCUGAAGAAGGGACACCAUGCCAGACAUUUAAAUCAGCCAAAAGUCUUCUAACUGCAAGGUUAGGCCAAGCUGCAUAGAGCCAAUUAAGAACUAUAAUGGAUACUAGAAGAAAGGCACUUUAUGAAAUCAGAAUUCAGAUUUGUCUUACAGACCUUCUUUUCCAGCAUAUAUGAAGAAGUUACUGCAGUGUAUCUUAGGAGCUAAUGGUCAUCUGUCUCAGGAGGUGAGCUCACCUGUCCAGCACCCUUAGGGGCAGAAGAAAGUUGUACCACCUUUUCAAGAGAAAAUAUCUAGUGUACAGGUUAUUCUGUAAAGCAGGGUUAUCGGGAUACUUCCUCCUUUUUAAGAACUGUCGAAGUUAAUGGACAAAAAGCUGGGAGUAGCUGUGGCCCUCUUGGUGACAGACUAUGCAAGGGACAGGCAAGCUUCACUCUGGGAGGUGGAAAGGCAGGGGUUUCUGGAAUAGCAGGGCAAAAGCACUCUGUCCUAACACAAAAGUCUAGGUACAAAGCAUGCACACUAACCCAAACUUUUGUCUUAGCCCUUACUUCUAAGUUAGCUGCUGUCUUCUUUCCACCUCCCUGAAGCCAAUAGUGUAGUGACUAUGGGAGAAGACAACAUAAAUGCCCUUUGUGAGGGAGUCAAAUGUACUGACUUAACAGUGUGAUCUGUCUGUCUAAAACAGGUGGUACUAAAUGCCUGUGAACUAAGAUUUCAGGUCUUGGCUAAUGCAACAUGCCAUUCAAAUGGGAAUGUUUAAUUGUGGUCAAAAUAAACAGGUGCCUUGGGCUGGUCCAUUAUUAGGUUGUUAUCCUUCCUUUUUAUUUAUGUUACAGUAUUUUAAGCCCUUCUAGAAUGGACUGUAGGUUUAAGCCAGGGUGUUUUCAUUAGUGGGACCUAGGAUUCUACUCCUCCAUCCUGUCUUGGGAGUUUGUACAAAGAAAGUUUUUUUGUGUUGCUGUCAGACAGAAACAUGAGAACUCAGUCCUUUCCUCAACAGUGUAGAUAGCGGGUUCAGCCCUGGCUUAUUUUAUGUAAUGUUUGCCUCACACCUCCCCUCUGAACAUUGCAGUUAGAGGUUUAGAACCACCCCUUACUGGAAGAACUCUGAACUGCAGAAGGAGGAAAAUUACUUGAAGGGUAUUUAUACAAGGUACUCAACUUAUGCAGAUAUGAAUAUUUAAAUAUCAGCCUGUGUCUCAGAUGAUUCUUGGUACUUUAACGUCAGAACAACAUUAACAUCAAUUCUGAAGGGAGCUCUUGGUUACCCUGAAGCAAGGAAUCACAUUGCAAUGGGAGCUGUGUAUCUGAUGCCAUGGAAGAGAACUAGCUGUUUUCCCUGUAAAAUGGUACAGAUGAACAAGAAGCUAGUUCUCAUCAUCUCCCCCCUUGCAGCAGGCUGAUUGUAGUUCUAACAGCUCUGAUGUUGUUUGCAUCUUGCAGAUGUGUGGUUGCUCCCAUAGGCCUGUGGCUCUGUAGAGAAACUGCUUACUAAAAACAUGGGUAUUUUUUAAUACAAUUAAAGCUUACCUUUUUGAAAUGGCUGCUGCCUUGUCUUUCCUGCCACUUGAGAAAAAACACAUUUUAUUCCAGAAAUAUCAGCUUGAGGAAAAACUCUGUUGGUGGGAACUGCCCCUGACUCUGAACGAGCCAGUGGCUGCAGAGCAAUGUCCCAGGUGUCUCUGUGGCAAGCAAAAAGAGCAGAGCACAGCCAACAUGUUCCUUGGAGAGUGACCCAGGGGUCCAUUGGGCACUCUUAAUUGCUGCAAACCAAAAGAAAGACAGCACAAAACAGGACCUAUCACCAGCGUAACUAUGAAAAGGAAGUAGCAGGCUUCUACUCCCUGAGAUCUUAGUGAAGAAUGGUUAGGGCUAGAAGGGACUUUAAAGAUCAUCUAGUUUUAGAUAAUUAGUUUCUCCACAGAAUAGUCCAUGGAAGGAGAGCAUUCAGUGUAGUUCCAGCAUCAUGCAGAAACCCAACCCUGGUUUCCCUUUCAAGGCAUUUUUCCUUUAUGAAGUCUCCAGCAGAGGAUGCUAGUGAAGCAGCAUGUAGCCAGGAUGCAGUCCUUAAAAAAGCAGCUGGAAGUCAAUUCACUAAUGUUCGUAUUUUGAUUACAGCAAGGAAUCAACAGCUGAACUUAGACUACAUCACAGUGUAACACAGGGACUACAGACAAACAACAAUCACAUCAGAAAAAUAAAGAUGAUUUUUCUUCCAGUAAGCAAGGCAGAAUCAAGUGAAUUUAUAAGCUACAAUAAGAAGGGCAACACAUAACCUUGCCUAAGUCAAUAAUAUUUCCUUUCAGCAAUUAAAGCAAAGCUCUAAACAAAAGCUCAGAAAAGCAACAAAACUAAUUAAGGUACUGAGGCUCAAGGGGAUAUAGAUUGCAUAAGGAGUGGUGAGCACUGUUUACAUUAGAGGAGAGCAACCAGACACGAUGAAUAAUAAAAAUUAUUUGGAUGCC